CGCCGUUAUGCGCCUGCGCCUGCGCCUCGCCCCGCUGCUGCUGCUGCUUCUCGCGGCGCCGCUCGUCGCGGCGUUCAGCUCGCGCGCGCGCCGGCGCGACUUCCGCGCGCUCACCGACAGCCAGAUUGCGGCCGUGGCGACCUUGCCCCCGGCGGAAUGGGACGCGGUCGACACCGGGCACCUGGCGCAUCUGCUCGUGCCGCGCGUGUCCGGGUCAGAGAACAACACGCUAGUCCAAGCCUACCUCUCCUCCGUGUUCACCAAGCUCGGCUGGCACGAAGACAAGGACAACUUCAAGCAGCAGACGCCGCUCGGCGAGAUCGAGUUCACAAACCUCAUCUACACGUUCGAUCCCGACGCGCCGCGCAAGCUCGUGCUGAGCGCGCACUUUGACUCCAAGUGGUUCAAGGAGGGCGGGUUUAUCGGCGCGACUGACUCGUCGGCGCCGUGCGCGACGCUCAUCGACGUCGCAGAGGCGCUUACCCCGCUGCUGCAGAAGCGCAAGGAGCGCCUCGCGGCCGGCACGCCGCUGCUCUCGGCGGGCCACGACGAGGAGGACGCCGCGCAGACGACCCUCCAGAUCAUCUUCUUCGACGGCGAGGAGGCGUUCCACGAGUGGACGGACACGGACUCGGUGUACGGCUCGCGGCACCUCGCGGAGAAGUGGGACGCCGAGUAUCUGCCGCCCUCGCACGACUUUGUGCGCCGGCGGCUCAACCCGCGCCCGACGGUGCUCGACACGGUCGACGUGCUCGUCCUGCUCGACCUGCUGGGCGCGCCGCGGCCCAGCAUCACAAGCUACUACCGCGACACGGACUGGAUGUUCCUCGAGCUCGCGGCCACCGACGACAAGCUGCGUGCUGCCGGGCUCGUCGAGAGCGGCCUGAAACCGCAGUGGUUCUCAAAGUACUUCGGCUUCCAGGGCGGCGGCAUCGACGACGACCACCGCCCCUUCCUGCACAAGGGCGUGCCGAUCCUGCAUCUGAUCACGAGCCCGUUCCCCGCCGUCUGGCACCGCAUGAGCGACAACAAGGACGCGCUCGACCUCGCCGUGCUCCGCAGGUGGAACCGCAUCAUGCGCGUCUGGACCGCCGGAUACCUCGGCCUCGCGGCCGACGACGGCGCACCGCCGCCCGGUACCGAAACACCCCGGAACAAUGCGUCGCCUAGAUCGACAACCGACGAGCUGGUACGUCCAUAGAUUUAACGGACGGACUUUGUAGCAUACAUAGAGUGCAUGGAGAGGUAGACAGGCGGGUGUCAUGGAGGCGUGGGCAUUGGCGAGCGUUUUCAGACUGACAUUGACUUGAAACUCAUCUGUGCAACUAGCCUCAACAAAGCGCUUCGCGCUUCGCUCUGCUCGC